CCGCGCCAGACCGGCCCGCAGGUAGCGGCGGCCGCAGCUGGGCCGCGCCAUGCGCGACUACGAGGAGGUGACCGCCUUCCUGGGCGAGUGGGGCCGCUUCCAGCGCCUCGUCUUCUUCCUCCUCAGCGCCAGCAUCGUCCCCAACGGCUUCAACGGCCUCUCCAUCGUCUUCCUGGCCGGCACCCCCGAGCACCGGUGCGCCGUGCCCCGCGGGGCCAACCUGAGCGGCGAGUGGCGGAACGCCAGCAUCCCGCUGGAGCUGCGGGGCGGGCAGGAGGCGCCGAGCCGCUGCCGCCGCUACCGCCUGGCCGCCAUCGCCAACUUCUCGGCGCUGGGGCUGCGGCCCGGCUCCGAUGUGGAGCUGCGCUCGCUGGAGCAGGAGCCCUGCCUGGACGGCUGGGAGUACAGCCGCGAUGUCUACCGCUCCACCAUCGUCACCGAGUGGAAUCUGGUGUGUGACAACGACUGGAAGGGACCCCUGAGCACCUCCCUGUUCUUCGUGGGUGUCCUGAUUGGAUCUUUUGCCUCAGGGCAGCUCUCAGACAAGUUUGGCAGGAAGAAUGUGCUGUUUGCAACCCUGGCAAUGCAGACUGGCUUCAGCUUUGUCCAGGUCUUUUCUACCAGCUGGGAGAUGUUUUCAGUGUUCUUUGUGCUGGUUGGCAUGGGACAAAUCUCAAACUACGUGGCAGCAUUUGUUCUUGGCACAGAAAUCCUUGGCAAAUCCAUCCGUGUGCUGUUCUGCACCCUGGGAGUCUGCAUAUUCUAUGCCUUGGGCUACAUGUUGCUGCCACUCUUUGCUUACUUCAUCAGGGACUGGCGGAUGCUGCUGCUGGCACUCACCCUGCCUGGGCUGCUCUGCAUCCCUCUCUGGUGGGUCAUUCCGGAAUCUCCACGGUGGCUGAUCUCCCAGGGGAGAUUUCAGGAGGCUGAAGACAUCAUCCGAAAGGCUGCAAAAACCAAUGGCAUCACAGCCCCAGAUGUCAUACUUGACCCCAGUGAGCUGCAAGAUUUGGAUUCCCAGAAGCAACAGACAUACACCAUUUUGGAUCUCAUGAGAACCCGAAAUAUCCUCACGAUCACCAUUAUGUCAGUGCUGCUUUGGAUGAUAAUAUCCGUCGGUUAUUUUGGGCUUUCUCUGGACACACCAAACCUGCACGGGGAUGUCUACGUGAACUGCUUCCUCUCGGCAGUGACGGAGGUUCCAGCCUACAUCAUCUCCUGGCUGCUGCUGCGCAACCUGCCCCGACGGUACUCGAUGGCUGCCGCCUUGUUCUUGGGAGGCUGUGUCCUUCUCUUCAUUCAGCUGGUGCCUUCACAUAUCCGUGCGGUCUCCAUCCUGCUGGUGAUGUUGGGGAAGUUUGGGAUCACAUCUGCCUUUUCAAUGGUUUAUGUUUACACGGCUGAGCUCUACCCAACAGUAGUGAGAAACAUGGGAGUUGGGGCCAGUUCCAUGGCCUCCAGGCUGGGCAGCAUCCUCUCUCCCUACUUCGUUUACCUCGGUGCCUAUGAUCGGUUCCUGCCUUACAUCCUGAUGGGCAGCCUGACUGUGCUCUCAGGAAUUCUGACUUUGUUUCUGCCAGAAAGCUAUGGCAUGCCUCUGCCAGACACUAUUGAGCAGAUGCUCUUGGUGAAAGGAUUUGAGUACAGGCCUACAUCUGGUAGCACCAGGGAUUCCAAGGAAGAAGAAGAAAACCCAGAGAUUUUAAAAAGCACAGCUUUCUGAUGGAGCUCCUGUAUGUUUCCUGGUGGACUGAAAGCUCAAUGGACUUUUCUUCUAAUACUCAUUCUAGAAGGGGCUAGUAGCAACUUUGUUUCCUGUAAUUUUAACCUUAUUUAUUAAUUUAAGCACUGUGUUCUGUACAUUCUCUUUUUAUAUGAACAUAAAUACUGUAUGGCCUUCAGUCAGAUUUUUUCAGCCACAGUUGUUUGAAUGCAAUAGUGCCAGGGAACAGUAUCUGAUCAAUCCUUUGUAACUUUAAGCAUAUAGUUCAGCUGAAAGAUACUUGAAAACGACCUUGAGGGCUAGCAGGGAACCUUCUCCAGAGCUAAUGCACAUCAAGAAGUAGAAAAUGCCAGGAAAAGCUGCUAAUUGGUUUUGAUUUCUUGACUUCUGUCCCUGGACAGGAAACUUAUUUAUUGGAGUGAAGGUUAUGAGAUCAUGCUUCUCUCUGGUCUUGCUCAAAUGACUUUGCACAUGCUGAAUUUGUUACCAAAUGCAGAAAGAUGCAAAGAAAGAUUCUAAGAAUUGAUUCUGCCUGAAUGUGUUUUAAAACUCAAGAUAGAUUGAGAAGAUUGUAUUGCACAAAAUACUUAUAGCACUGAAAUUUUGCUCACCCGAUUCACUUGAUUCCAGUGUGGUUUUCAACUCUAUGGUGAAGUUGUUUACAUCUGCCCCUGGGUCUGGCCUGCUUCCAGGCUGUAUUUAUUUUAAAUGAUGCAGAAGGUUUCAUCUGUGUGCAGAGGGAGGUGGUGGUAGUUUGGGGUUCUUCCCUUUUGGAAGUGUUCUGUCUAAAUUGUUGUUAAUGUCUUCUGUGCAAUUUGGGUGAUGAAAAGAAUUCUCCUGUCUUUGUUGUGUGCUUUUCAGACACAUGCACACACACACACAAUUAAUGUAUUUGGAGAGAAAUUUUUUGUGUUAAUCUUUGCCACUGCAUUGACCUCAUGGUGGAAUGUACUGAGAACAAAAUUCAGAAUAUAUUUCUGGCCCCUGGUUCUCCAUUUUCAAGUGCCAGCCAUGUGAGGUCUGUUACUUCACUUAACUCAUACAAUCAGUGAAUUGUUUUCAAAUUGCUUUUUUUUUUUUAAAUCAGAAUCAUCUGCCAAGAAAUUGUUCCUUGGGUUGCAAAAGCACCUUGGGCAUUACCUGUGUGUCUUUCAAUAUAUACAAUAUACAUGCACACCCAGUCUCCUUUCUGCUCUUCUGAUCGUGCUUUGAGAAGAUGUGAGUGGGGAAAGAUUUCUCUCUUGUAGCACUUGUUUGUGUUUUGUUCUGUCUUGUAGAAACUUAAGAAACAGAACCUAAACCUUUGUAGUCAAAGCUGUUAGGGGCCUUAAUCUGCUGUGGCAGCUGGUUGUGAAAGUUCAGGAUUUUCCUACUGUAUCUAAAUAUAUAAAUGGCAUCAGCUGAUUCCAGUCUCUUGCUAACCAGUCCCCCCUGUUCUGUCCUUGGUAACCAGGUCCAGUCAUUGGGUUGAUGCCUCUGGGUGUUUGCCCUCUGGAAACAAGAAAGGAGAAAAAAACCUGUACAGCCUAUAGUGGGUUUUGUUUAAACUCUUCCUGCCAGCCUCUUGAGCUCUAGGGUUUGCUCUGCUUUCCUUGCAGCUUCUCACCUUGUGAGCUGGCCAGUCUUCCUGGGUCAGAGAAGGAUACCAAGAAAGGGUUUUCUCAUACGGUCAGUUCUUCUGAGGGAAGAAAUCCCAGUGUUUGGGCAGGUUCUGGGUCACUUCUGUUUAAGAGGUUGAUAGGGCCUUGGCAGGAGGGUUUCAAGGGUGAUUUGAAGCUGGUGCAAAAAUUGAGAAGCUGGACUUUGCAAGGCUCACUGCACAUCACGCAACAGCCUUGACAUGAGCAACUACAUGUCAGGAGAGAGCUUGUCAGAGCCAGUCUCCGUGGCCCAAACGACAUGACCCAAUUUGUCGGGCUUCCCACCUCUUUUGAAACAGUCAUUGCAAACAUCAGAUGGUGUUCUAUAACCUGGUACAGGUAUUGUUCUUUGUAAACUGUAUUUCUAGGAACUAAAACAUCUCAAAGCAGCUGCUUUUCUGUGUGCUGUAGGAGGAUUGUCUGGUAACCACAGGAAUCUAAGGCUAAACACAUUUAGCUGCAACUUCCCUAUAAUGAAUUUGCCAAUGUAAACAACCCUGUCCCAUAAGUCUCUUCCUGUAAACUGUUCCAGAAAAUAUCCUGACGUGCAGGAUUCGGGCCGGCCCGAUCCAUCAGCCAUGAUGGAGGUUCCUGCCCUAAAGUGCAGACUCUACCUAAUGCCUGAUGCAGCUGUUGUUUCUUAUCCACUGUUCCAUCCAGGUGUGUGCCUUGACAGUGAGACUUUUGUUCUUGAAUGUUUAAAUAUUCUGAUGUUUACUGAAGUUGUUUUGUGGGUGUUUUUUUAAUCCAGACAAAUUGGAGAACAUCCUGGUUGUGACUACAAAACACAAAGGCAACCUCUUUGUGUCAAAAACAUACUUUUUUUCCCAUGCUUAUCUUUUGAAGAACAAAAAGUAUGAGUCAUAAAUGUAGAAUGUCCCUCCUGUAAAGAGCUGAUGGUUGGAUGGUACCAGUAUUUAUUUGCAUGCCCCUAAACACCAGCCCGACCCAGCAUGCUGCCUCACAGGGGAGGACCUGUUCUGCUGCUCUCUGGGAAAGCCAAAGCUUUGGUUCCUCUUCUCCUCAAAGCAGCAAUGAGUGACACGCCACAAGGGGGAAGGGACAGAACUGGCCUUUGAAAGAGGAGUUGUGAUAAACCUCUGAGCUCUUUGUACUGCAGAGGAGGAUGAUAACCUGGGAAAUGCUGCCUGGGCUUGGUGCCCGUAACCUGUGUUACAGCAGCAACAGAGGUUAUCCAAAAUGACCUGGAUAGGCCAAGUCCUCUGCUGCUAGAGAGCAAUGCACACUACAGUAUCUUCCCCAAGGCAGGCAGCAUAUGGACUCAAGUUGGGAACAAGGGUCUAUUCCUUUCCAGCUCUGAGCUCUUCUCUCAUCACCUUGGGCAUGUCCCAUAAUCCUGUGACUUCAGUUUCUUUGCUGGCAAGUGGAAAUGCCACUAACUCAAAAUUACCAUAAUUUCUUGUGAUGUUCAUGCUCCACAGUCUGUAUCUGUUAGAUUCUCUUUGUGACUCAGUGAAUGUAAUGCUGACAUGAGCAUCAUUUAGUGUUUCAUCUUUCAAAAGUGGGAAACUCUAGCUGACUUCUGGCACCAUUUUCCUUAAGAGGUGUGAACAUCUCUUCCCCCUCCGUUUCCAAGCUGCUGUUUGGAAGAGGAAAGCACAGGGAGGUGGAGCAUUGCCCAGGGAACUGGGCUACAGUAAGUCAAGCCAAGGACUGGGUUUUAAAUGCUUCAUCAGGCUCUUUUAAUUGCAUAGCCCCUUCCUAGUUCUACACAAAACUGCCUUCAGCGUGCUGCCUGAGGCACUGCCAGACACUUCCACUGUGCCCUUCAGUGCAUGGUAAAAAUGCUGUUCUUUCAGGGCACUUUUAUUUGGAGAUCUGAUGAUGCUAGUGCUGUAUCACUGAUCUCAUGGAGGUUGAGGUUAAUUUGAGCACCCAGAGGGGCUCUUCUUUUUAAUGCUCUCCAGGGGCCUAUGGCAUGUGAGCACAGAAAAAAUGUGAGGAAAUGGAGGGGACUGUCUCUAAGAAUAAAUACCUAGUUCAGUAUUUGUAGAAUAGAACCUUAAUCCUGACAGUUGUAAAUGUUGGGAUUUUUUUCAAGCAUAGAACCAGCUCAGGCAACCUAAUGCCUUACUUACAAAUGCCUUUGGGGGUGCUGCAAACUAGGAAUGGCCACAGCCUUGUAUAUAAGAAAGAUGCAGAAAUUUCUUCUAAGACUGUAAAUAUUCCUAACUGUAACUGAAUUAAUUCUUACCCUGUUUUUUUAAUAGAAAAAUGCUUGUUAUUUGUAAACCUCAGAAUAAAAUAAUGUCUGGAA